AUGGUACCGAUUUCAAUCAAUUUUAAUCAAUCUGGUCUAGAUUGGAAUAUUCAAUUGGAUAAUAUCAAAUCAACUUCAGAUGAUUCAACAUUAAAUUUGAGUUAUCGAGUACAUGGAUUCUAUUAUCCAUGGUAUGAUGCUCCACAAAAAUUAUCAAAUCAAAAUUCAUUGAAUAAUAAUGAUAAUAACUGGUCACAUUGGAAUCACCCACGCCUGAAACAUUGGAAUGCUAAAGUUGCCAUUGGUUAUUCAACGGAACCUCAUUAUCCACCAUAUUUAUUAGCAUCAUCUUUCUAUCCAAAAUUAGGUCCAUAUUCAUCAAAAGAUUUGAAUAUUAUUCAUAUUCAUAUGGAAAUGAUUAGAUUUGCUGAAUCGUAUGAUUUGAGCCGGUUUAUUGUUGAAAGAUCAUAUGUUAUGUUAGUCAGUUAUUUAAUCAAGAGUCUUAUAGAUGAUAAUAUUAAUGGUGUCUUAGUCGUAUCAUGGUAUCCAAAGGGUAUGUCUGAUGAUAAUGGAAAACCUGUGGAUGAUAUAAUAUUCCCAUUAUUAAACAUAGCUAAUAAAUAUAGUAUAAAAAUUUGUUUACAUUUGGAACCAUAUAAAAAUCGUAAUGUCAGUACAAUUGUUUCAGAUUUAAAGUAUAUUUAUGAAAAAGGAUACACUUCUCAUCCAGCUUAUUAUCAUGUUUCUGUUAAUCAAUAUGACGAUGGUAAAUUAUUACCUGUAGUGUAUGUGUAUGAUUCUUAUAUAAUAAAACCAUCAGAAUGGAAGAAAAUUCUUCAACCAAAUGAUGAAGAAACAACUAUACGAAAUAAAAUGUAUAAUGUACAUAUGAUUGGUUUAUUACUUGAAACUAAUGAUUGUAGAAUAUUGUAUGAAUCAGGAUUUAAUGGUGGUUAUACAUAUUUUGUUGGUCAUGGAAUAUCAAAAGCCAGUUCACCAGAUACAUGGAAUGAUUUAUCAAACGAAUGUACAAUGUAUAAUUUAACAUUCUAUCCUAGUAUUGGUCCAGGUUAUCAUGAUCUAUCUGUACGUCCAUGGAAUACUGCAGCUAUUCAAUUACGUGAAUUUGGUUCAAGAUAUAUUCAAGUAUUUUAUAAAGCAAUGAAUAUUCAAUUAACUGGUAUAAGUAUUGUAUCAUUUAAUGAAUGGCAUGAAAGUACACAAAUUGAAUCAUCUAUACCAUUUGAAUGGAGGAAUUAUUUAAAGGAAUCAAAAGUGUAUAUGAAUUAUUUACCAUAUUCACCAGAAUUUUAUUUACGUUUAACACGUUUAAUGAUAAAUCAAUUUGAGAAUUUUACUAGUUUACCAAAAAAAUUUAAUGAAACCGAUAACAAUGAAUUGCAAUGGUUGUAUACAUUAAUAAAUAAAAUUAAAAAAAUUGCAUAG